AUCUAUGUUGCACCGCCUCCGAAACAGUGCCCUUGGUUUGCUUUGAGAGGUGAUGUGGUAGAGGGCUAACGCUGUGCACCGCUCUGAGGGACCCGUGCGUUAAUCCUCGGAAAUGGGGCUUCUCCCCGAUGAGGCUAAAGUUCUCCCUCCACCGGGAAUCGUAAACAGAAACUCGGUAUGGCUCGGGUUUACCAGUUGGGUCACAGCGAUGCUACAUAACUCGCUUAACCGGAGGCCUGCGAUCAAAGCGGGUGUUCACCGACAAGCAUUGUUCAUCACAGUUGGUUGGUUCAUCGGUUACCAUUUAACAAAGAUUGAAAAUUAUAAAUGUGCCAAGCUGGACAGGGAGAUGAAAGAAUACAUCCGCAUGCACCCAGAAGAGUUUCCAGAGACGGAAAAGAAGAUGUUUGCAGAGAUCGUCGAGCCGUUUCACCCUAUCCGCUGAGUGGAGAUCCUUUUCACGGACAUUUCCAAAAACCUUCUUCUGUCCACCAUGUUAUUAAAGUGUAUGUCAUGAUUUAUUGAAUAUUUUGUUUCUAAUAUUUGAUUAAACAAUUUAAAACACGCAA